AUGGAGCAGCACAUUGUUCCCUCUUGCUCUGGUGCAGUUGAUGAUCCAACUGAAGCAAUCCUAGUGCCCAUAAAUGGAAUAGUGCAACCAGCAGUUAUGCCAUUGGCAGGUUGUCGAGGCCGUGUGACGAACCAGCUUCAAUUCUUGAAGAAAAACGUCCUGGAAAAAAUAUGGAAUCACGAUUACGGCAAACCGUUCAGAAAGCCAGUGAACACAAUUGAACACAACAUACCUGAUUACUACAAAGUGAUAACCAAUCCGAUGGACCUUGGCACUAUUAGAAAGCGGCUUAGCAACAGAUACUACUGGUCUUCAGAGGACUGCAUCAAGGAUUUCAAAAGGAUGUUCAAAAAUUGCUAUACUUACAAUGAUCCGGGACAGGAUAUCGUUGUGAUGGCUCAGACGCUCGAGAAGAUAUUCUACCAGAAGAUGGCUCGUAUGCCGAAGAAAGAAAGUGAAGUGCGGCGCGAAAGUGGCAAAAUUGCCGAUCGUAGCAGAGCUUCUUCUGAUGCUUCAGUCACCAACAGGUCAUUGGAAGCUUCACCGAGGGAAUUCGCUACGGAGCAAACUUUUGGUAGUUUGUCAAUUGAAAAUUCAGUUGAGGAGCUGAGUGAUAAUAAGUUUGUGAGCACGACUGAGGUCGAAUCGACUGAAAGAUGUGGAGGUUGA